UCAGACUAGAGGCGUUUUUAAACAAGACUUGUUGAUAUUAUUUGUCGCUGUUUUCUAUCGACCCCGGCGCAAGACUUUCGGUUAACUAAUAUCGAUGGGGACGACUACACCCAGUAUCAGCCUAGCAGCCGACGUGGACACGAUACCCGGAAUAGACGAACCAACGCGUGUGGUUCUACGGAGACUACGAGGGCAAGGAUUCGAUGGGACAAAUUUGUCUUUACAUCGACAGCAGCUCGCAGCUGUGUUAGUGUUACUUUAUUCGGAUAGCACGGGCUCAAUCCAAGUGCUCCUCACCACACGAUCUAAAUCACUGCGGUCUCAUCCUGGACAGACAGCGUUACCGGGAGGUAGAAUUGACGAAGAGGAUAGGGAGCCAAAGGUUUUAUGGGGUGCUUUUAGGGAAGCAUACGAGGAAGUCGGGUUACCCUUUCCUUCCAGUCUGAUUAUCGACAGUGACAAUGACAUCCCACAUAUACCGAACAUCCACAUCCUCUGUACACUCUCCCCACAUAUAUCCCAAUGGGGUAUCAUUGUCGUUCCAGUUGUCGCUUAUCUCUCCGGACCAGUAUCCUCCUCCGCGUCCUCACCACCAUUGCAUACCUAUAUCCUGACACCAACUCUAACACUCCAAGCAAACCCCACCGAAGUCGAUCGAAUAUUCACACAUCCCUUGGAAUCAAUCCUAGAUCCUUCCUCCUCCGUCUCCAUCAGAGAUUUGGCGGAGAAAGGAUCAGAGGAUUGGCCGUACGAUGAAGAGCUUUACAACUACACCGACCGCGUUUAUCCACAACUCGGCCCUAACCACAACAACAACACCGACACCACCGACAACAUCCCCAGCUCCAUUUAUAGAAUGCACCGCUUCCGCUCAGUAGCGUCACCCAUAAAAGGAUUGACUGCUGAGAUUCUGCUCCGCACAGCCUACAUCGCCUAUGCCCGUCCUCCCACCGCGCCGAUUGAGCAAUACGCUCCUGGGCAGGUGAGAGGCUUCAAGGAUGCGUAGUGUAUAGACUGUUUUCUGGUGGGGUUUUGGUGUUUGUGGGAAAGAGUGGGUGGAGUCAAUGUAUCUUUGGAUGCAUUAGAUCUUUAAAUGGAAUGAGGACGGAGGACGGAAGAUGGAUAAAGGAGAAAGGAGAAAGGAGAAGGAUGAUGGGUUGUUGGUUUUGUUCCGUGUUGGUGGAUUGAGAGGGGAUGGGAGAUGAAGGGAGUGAGGUAAGAGGUUAUGUUAUGAGUAGAAUCUCUGAGGAAAUGAGGGGAUACAAGAGACGAGCAGAAACAAUAGAGUAUAACAGGAUGCGUAGAAAGGGAACAUGAGAGGAUAUGGAGAUGAGAGUGUUUAAAGAAGAGGAUAUGGUACAAUCUAGAUGAGAGUGUUCAGACUAUGAAAAGAUAUGAUAGAUGAGUGAGAGAAGAGAAGUUCAUGAGAUGAU